AUAAAUAACAAUAGCAAUAUCAAUAGUAAUCAUCAUCCUCUUCGCGCUUGUACCGACAUGCCCCUGCAUACGCUUCCCUGUACCUGGUGAGCUCGAGUCCAUCCGUCUCCCACACGAAAACGCGCAAUUCGUGUUGUCUUGAUGAUGGUCUUACAAGCGAAGUUGAGAAACAGGCUGGAUUGAUUCGAGGAAAACCGGCUCGAGGUGGAUAGACUCUUGGAGCUUGAAUUCAUCGUCCGAGGUUUUGAAUCGUGGGUGGAGAGGGCGAAACCUGUUGUCAGUGUUGAAGAAGAGAGCAUUCAGCUUGCGCAGUUGCCAAAAAAUCUUCUUCCGAUCUCGGGCAAGCAGUGCAAUUGUAUAUCUGGAGGAUGUGGGUUUAUCGAUGAAGUCUCUUCAUUGUCAGGAGGAAGUUAGGUUUUUUUCUGCCGAGAUCAUGACCUAGUAACCCUAAUUCGGCUUCUUGUCGGUAAAGUAGGGCGUAAGUUGUUGCAUUUCUUAUUUUUACGCAAUUUUCAAUUUCGUAUAUUUAACUUGAAACCGAGAACUAUAAGCGUAGGGAUUUUGCUACCCUUCAGCUUGGUCUUUGAUAGUCGGUGGAUGCAUCAAUGGUCUGUUUGGUUGUUCGCUUCGCCGUCGCUAAUUGGUGGGGAUUGACUCAAUACAUCCCUCAUCCAACAUAAAUACGAUAGUUUCAUGGUAUAAUCAUUGUUUUAAGGACGAGGACGAAUUAUUGAGACUCUUAUGGUGGUUAGGAGUUAUUCUCUUCAUAAAGAUUUUUCUUAAACCCGUGCAUACUUGAUUUGUUAUCUUGCUGAUGGAAUACUUGUCAUACACGUGCAUGUCAAUGGCCUGAAGAUGUGAUUCUGAUUGCUCAGAAGUCCUGUAUAUUGUGUUAUUCGAUGUUGUUUGAUAUUUAGUCGUGGUGAAGUAGGCGAAGGAGAAUUGCAAUCGGAGCAGUUGAUUAGAGCCGCAUUCAGGCCGGAAGAGGUGAUUUAACUAUGGCAGAGACAGGUACUAGCAGAGGGGAUGCAGGUCCCAGCAGGCAAAGAGUACGGCUACGUGUGGCAGGGGCGUGGUCAGGUACCUUGGAAGUGUCGCUGGAUGAGUGGAGUGUGGAGAAGUUACGAACCGAAGUGUCCAGCCAUUCUGGAAUUGCAAAGGACUGUAUAAAACUGAUUAGCGCAGGUCGAAUUCUUAAGGACGAAGUUGUGGGUACUGCCGAUACACGCAAAACCUUGCGAGAGUUGGGAAUUGGACCGAAUUCAAAGCUAUUGCUUACUAGAAUCGCCCCUCCGCUGCAGACGAAUUCAGUUGAUGUAGAGCAGGAACGUGCCGAGCGACUUGCGCGUAUCAAGGCGGCAGCAGAUGCUAUGUCGAAGAGAAGCGAUGACGGCAGAUUUCCUUCAGAUGAAUUCGAUCUCCAGUUAGAGAAUCAGAGUGGAGAAAAAUUGACAUUUAACUCAGAGACUGAUCGCAGGGCCCUUGUGAUGGGGCUUAUGUUGCAUGCGAAAGCUCGGAGCAUGCUUGAGCAGGGCAAUUACCAAGAGGCAUUGGAGGUCUUGGGGAUGUCAGAGGAGUCCUUUUCUCUUUGCGAUCGAAAAUUUCUCGAGGCUGUUGAUAAUGUGGCACUCCUUCAAAUUGACACAGUAUGGUGCUUGUUUAUGUUACGGGAUAUUGAACGCUUAUCUGUUGCAAGAGAGCGGCUGGCUCGCGCUCGAGAUGGUUUGAAACGUUCGCAUGGUCCGAAUCUUGAGAGACUUCGGGUACUGCAAGGCGGCUUCUGUCCAGAGCUUGCAUUAUACGUUCGAUUGGAGCUCUUAGAGGGAGUAGUUGCGUAUCACAGUGGGCAAACAGAUGCAGCAAGGGCGUCUCUACUCUCUGCUCAAGAGAAAUUCGAGCAGUUGCAAAUAUCGGACGAGCAAGUGGCAGCCCUAGCUCAAAUGGGCUUUUCGAUGAAGGAGGCUCGCAGGUCGUUACGGGUGUCAGGUAAAGAUGCAUCACUUGCUGUUGAAUUUGUUAUGAACGAGCGAGCCAAGGCACAGCAGAAGGCAGAGGAGGAUGAUCGUCGACAAACAGAGCGGAGGGAACAAAAGAAGUAUGGAAAGACUGUAGGUGGUAAGGGUGUCGACAUAACAAAACUGAACGAAUUGGCGUCUUUGGGGUAUGAGCGGCGUAUACUUGCGGAGGCUCUGAAGCAGAGUGAGAAUAAUAGGGAGUUUGCUUUGGAAAUGUUGAUGAAUCCGACAUCCUAUUCUACUCUCCAGGCAUCCUUGCUAGAAAAUAAACGAGAAUCUGUAGACAGUAUAGCGCUUGCUGAGUUGAUGUCAAUGGGCUUCAGCAAAGAUAAAGCGAAGAAGGCGCUGCGAGGAUCCACUGACACUACCCAGGCACUUGAGAGACUAAUCCAAGACUUGCAAGACCACACCAGUGAAGGUCCCGAAACCGAGUCUAAGCAACGGGAGUCUGAGGUUUCAGCCGCAAGUGCGAGUGACGCAGCUUUGCUUGAUAACUCCAUAUCCCCUGAAAGUCCUGCAUCAACGGACCUUGACCCUCGUGAUGAAGAGAUGGAGGAAGAGAUUGCGCGAGAGAUUACUGGUGAUCCUUUUGCGGAGUAUGAUAUUGAGGUGAGCAAAGAAGGUGAUGCCAUUUCUGAGUACCUUGCGUUGCUAAACAGCAAUUGCGCACCAUUCACACUAUGAACUGUUUUGCUUUUAUUCUGAAAGACGCCAUUUUGGGAGAUAUUAUCGUGUGUCGGAAGAAGCUUGAUUUGCAUACAACAUCCUGUUAAUUUUAUCAUGUAGGGACAAUUCGAAACAAAUCAACAUAACCAGUGUUUCUUGAUAAAAGGGGGUCGCUAAUGAAGAAUUUAGCGAUUCCUGGUUGAGAAUACUUGUGGGAAUAUUGUAUAUCCAAUCUGGUAUAUAAACAGUUUUGGUUAUUAGUGGUAUUGUAAUGGAUCCCGGCUCAUGGAUUCUUUGUUUGCUACC